AUGAAAGUUAUUAGUCUGAAAAAGGAUUCUUUUAACAAAGGAGGGGCAGUGAUUACUCUGUUGCCGGAAGACAAGGAAGAUCUGUUUACUGUUUAUCAAAUUAUUGAUAAAGAUGACGAGUUGAUAUUUAAGAAGAAGUUCACCUCUAAACUUGAUGAAGCUGGUAAGAAAAAAAGUACAGAUUUGGUUAAGUUAAAGAUUAAAGUAAUAUCUGAGGAUUUUGAUAUGAAGGAUGAGUACUUGAAAUAUAAAGGUGUUACUGUUACCGACGAAAGUGGGGCUAGUAAUGUCGACAUACCUGUUGGUAAAUAUUUGAGUUUUACCCUUGAUUAUGUAUAUCCCUUCACUAUCAUAAAACAAAAUUUUAAUAAGUUCAUGCAAAAACUUUUAAACGAAGCCUGCAAUAUUGAGUAUAAAUCAGACACCGCAGCGGUGGUUUUACAGGAAGGAAUCGCCCAUGUUUGUUUAGUGACAUCCUCUUCUACUAUUCUAAAACAAAAAAUUGAGUAUAGUAUGCCAAAAAAGAAGAGGACCACUGAUAUAUUGAAGUUUGAUGAAAAAACUGAAAAAUUUUAUAAAGCAAUUUACAAUGCAAUGAAGAAAGAUUUAAAUUUUGACAAAUUGAAGACUAUUAUUCUUUGUUCUCCAGGCUUCUACGCUAAGAUAUUAAUGGACAAAAUUUUCCAGUAUGCCGAAGAGGAACACAAUAAGACAAUUCUCGACAACAAAGGAAUGUUCUUUAUAGCCCACUGCUCCACGGGCUACUUACAGGGCAUUAAUGAAGUUUUGAAGAAUCCAUUAUAUGCUUCAAAACUGCAAGAUACUAAGUACUCCAAAGAAAUCAUGGUGAUGGAUGAAUUUUUGCUGCACUUAAACAAGGAUGACGAUAAAGCUUGGUAUGGUGAAAAAGAAGUUGUUAAAGCUGCAGAUUAUGGGGCGAUUAGUUAUUUACUGUUAACGGACAAAGUUUUGCAUUCCGAUAAUAUUGCACAAAGAGAGAAGUAUCUACACCUAAUGGACUCUGUUGAGAGCAAUGGAGGGAAAGCAUUGGUAUUAAGUACUUUGCAUUCUCUUGGAGAGGAACUUGACCAAUUGACAGGUAUAGCCUGCAUCCUCAAGUACCCACUCCCAGAUCUUGACGAAGACGAUGAUGAGGAGUGA